AUAAACUGUCAAAAAGUAAUCGGCGUUUUUUUAUUGUUUACAGAUUUGAUUUACAAUUUAAGAAAAUUUAAAUAAAUUUUUAGAAUUUAUUUGUAAAAUGGGUCGUACAAAUGCUACAGUAGAUGAAUUAAAAAGUUAUUUUAAAACACACAGUAAAAUACGUGAGCAAAAAGCACAUACAUCGAAGGUUCAUUCUGUUGGCUGGAGCUGUGAUGGAAGACGUUUGGCAUCGGGUUCUUUUGACAAAACUGUGGCCGUAUAUACUUUGGAACGUGAUAGAGUGAGUAAAGAAAAUACCUAUCGUGGUCACACCGGUUCGGUGGACCAGCUUUGUUGGCAUGCUACCAAUGCAGAUCUCUUAAGCACAGCUAGUGGUGAUAAAACUGUGCGUAUAUGGGAUAUAAGAAGUGGUAAGUGUUCAUCGGUAACCAAUACAAAAGGAGAGAAUAUCAAUAUAACCUGGUCACCAGAUGGUAAAACUAUUGCGGUGGGCAAUAAGGAAGAUUUAGUAACUUUUAUCGAUACCAGAACAAAUAAAAUAAGAGCUGAGGAACAAUUUAACUUUGAGGUUAAUGAAAUUGCUUGGAACAAUAGCAGUGACUUGUUCUUUCUUACCAACGGUAUGGGUUGUGUUCAUAUACUUAGCUAUCCAUCAUUAGAACUGCAACAUGUUCUAAAGGCUCAUCCCGCCACUUGUAUUUGCAUAGAAUUUGAUCCUACUGGCAAAUAUUUUGCUACUGGUUCUGCUGAUGCUUUGGUUUCGUUAUGGGAUGCCAAUGAGCUGGCUUGUUUACGUGUACUAUCACGUUUAGAUUGGCCCGUACGUACGAUAUCCUUUAGUCAUGAUGGUAAACUGUUGGCUUCUGCCUCCGAAGAUCUAAUGAUUGAUAUUGCUCAUACGGAGACAGGUGAAAAGGUAGCCGAUGUUUCCGUAGAUGCUGCUACUUUUACUGUGGCCUGGCAUCCAAAACAGUAUUUACUAGCGUAUGCCUGUGAUGAUAAGGACAGUAAUGAUCGUAGACGUGAGGCCGGUAAUCUUAAGGUUUUUGGUUUUCAAGAGUAAUUUAUGUGCUUAUGUGUAUUGUAGAUGUAGUAAAUAAAAUGUUUUCGAGAAAAACUA